AUGAUCCCAAGACGUAAACACAACGCGUCGUCCGGCUCCCUGCCGCCGCCGGACGACAAACACGCCAGCAAUGACUACAUCCUGUCAGAUGGCGGCGCGCGGGACGGGUGGCGCGCGGCGUUAAAAAGACGCUUCAACCGAAAAACUCUUCACAAGCGUAUCCCUAUAAGCUCCUGGUUACCGCAGUACAACACAGAAAAGGCAAUUGGUGACGUAAUUGCUGGCGUUACAGUUGGAUUGACGGUGAUUCCACAGUCACUUGCAUACUCUAACAUAGCCGGGCUGCCUCCACAGUACGGCUUGUACGGUUCCUUCCUGGGUUGCUUCGUGUACAUCGUGCUGGGCGGCUGCCGCGCCGUGCCCGCCGGCCCGACCGCCAUCGCGUCCCUGCUGACGUGGCAGGUAGCGGGAGGCGUGAUUGAGAAAGCUAUCUUGCUCAAUUUUCUCACUGGCCUCGUAGAACUGUUGAUGGGCGUGCUCGGGCUCGGAUUCCUAAUUAACUUCGUGUCGGGUCCCGUGUCGUCCGGGUUCACGUCGGCCGUGGCGCUAAUGAUAGCUACGUCUCAAGUGAAGGACCUGUUCGCCAUAACAGUGACUGGUACGACAUUCCUACAACAAUGGAUUUCUGUUUUCCGCAACAUACACAACGCUUCACUGUGGGAUCCAGUGCUCGGAUUCGUCUGUAUUGCACUCCUCCUAUCCAUGAGAAAAAUCGGAAUGGUGAAGCUUGGCACCAAGUGCGAGGAUGGGCCGAGCACGCGGCAGAAAGUAUUGACCAAGUGCCUAUGGCUGGUGGGGACGUGUCGCAACGCCAUCGUGGUGGUGUUGAGCGGUGCGCUCGGCUUCUGGUUCGUCACCACGCACGGCUCGUCCCCGGUGCGCCUCAUGGCCGAAAACGUACAAGGAGCGAUUCCAUCCGGAGUGCCGAUGCCGCAACUGCCGCCCUUCGGUUAUGUUCGCGCCGAUAACACUACAGCGGACUUCUUAGAUAUGGUUUCUGAGCUCGGAUCUGGCCUACUCGUUAUACCACUGAUCGUGCUGCUGGAAGACAUUGCUAUUUGCAAAGCUUUCUCCGACGGGCGCACCAUCGACGCCACACAGGAGAUGAUCGCUCUCGGGGUCGCCAACGUCGCCAAUUCCUUCAUGCAAGCGUAUCCCGGAGGUGGUUCCUUAGCUCGGUCGGUGGUCUCUAACGGCUCUGGAGUGAAGACAACAUUUAAUGGACUUUAUACAGGUGUGAUAGUCAUUCUGGCUCUGCAGUUCUUCACGCAAUACUUUGAGUUCAUCCCGAAAGCGGCACUCGCUGCUGUUAUUAUGUCUGCUAUACUAUUCAUGGUUGAAUACGACGUCAUAAAACCUAUGUGGCGAGCAAAGAAGUUAGACUUGAUACCUGGUAUAGGCACCUUCGUGCUUUGUCUCACUUUACCAAUCGAAUUGGGAAUUCUUACGGGCGUCGUAGUCAACAUCAUCUUUAUCCUAUAUCAUGCAGCACGUCCCAAAUUCUCAGUGGAAAUGCUUAAAACGGAGCAAGGUGCGGAGUACCUGAUGAUCACGCCGGACCGCUGCCUGAUGUUCCCGUCCGUGGACUACGUACGGCGGCUGGUCACCAAGUGCGCCGCCAGCAGCUCCGUGCCGGUGGUGCUCGAGUGCACGCACAUCUACAGCGCCGACUACACCGCCGCCAAGAGCAUCGAGCAGCUCACGGCCGACUUCCACGCGCGCCAGCAGCCGCUGUAUUUCUACAACGUGAAGCCCUCCGUGUGCUCAAUCUUCGAGGCCGUCACCAAGCCCGAGCACUUCGUGGUGUUCUACGAGGACGACGAGCUGGACCGCCUGCUGGCGGCGGACGAGCGCCUGGCGCCGCGCAAGCCGCCGCCGCCGCUGCUCGCC